CUAGGGAUUGCAAGAAUGUUGGCCGGACUUGGUCGUAUAAGGGAAGCAACAUUUGCAGCAAUCACCAGUUUGAUAUUGUCCCUUCUGCUUCGAUUGCCAUAUUUCCAGCCUAAUGCCAAUGAUUCAUUCUUAUCAAAUGGAACACAUGCUUGGUCUCCAACAGUGAUUCUGUUAUCCCUUGAUGGAUUCAAACCAGCAUAUUUAGAAUCAGGACACACGCCAGUCCUACAAGCAUUGUCUCAGGGAAGGUACUUCUCGCAAGAUUAUCAGUCAGUCGGCGUCCUUACAUCUGAUUAUAUGCUGCCAGCUUCGCCCAGCUUAACAUUUCCAAACCAUUGGACCUUACAAACAGGCUUGCAACCCUCUUCACAUGGGAUCAUCGCAAAUGACUUCCAUAGAAUUCGCGAAAAGAAUGGAAGAAUAGGCAAGAACUCUUCAUUCUACUACACAGACCCAAAUCGGUCUUGGGACGCAAGCUGGUGGCACGGCAGUCCACUUUGGGAAUAUUUGGUGAACAAAGGAUUGCAAACGGCUAAUCUGAUGUGGCCCGGACCUCCGAUCACACACAACAAUAUUACCAGUACAUAUUUUCAGAAAUACGAAAAAGAUUGGUCUGUUGAAAGAAGACAUGAUCAAAUCAUGCAAUGGUUAGACUUGGACACGGAAAAGAGACCGCAAUUUAUUUGUGCAUAUGCACCUGAUGUCGAUACUGCAACGCACAAUCUUGGCCCAGAUCCACAAUUGGUAGAGGUGGCAACUGCUUUGAGAAGAGUUGAUGGAUAUAUUCAUCAAAUCCUUACCAGUAUUGCAGAACGUAAUGCUUCUUCGAUCGUCAAUGUGGUCAUCGUUAGUGAUCAUGGGAUGACGUUCACCUCUAACGAAAAACUCGUUUAUUUAGAUGAAAUUCUCGGUAGAGAUUUGCUAGGCAAGAUCGUAACGCAAGAUGGGUGGCCGAACGCAGGUUUACGGUUUAGGAAUAGUGCGGACGAAGAAGAGGCAAGGCGUAAAUUGGCGGCAGCAAGUGAAAAGAUGAAGAGAGAAGGCCGACACGGAUUCGAUGUCGUUGAUCGACAGGAAUUGGUAAAGAGGUGGAAUUGGACAAUGACUGAUUUGGUAGAGAAAAGGGUGGCAAAUUUGUGGGUAAUACCUGAAGUUGGUUGGAGCGUCACUACACAUCAAGAGAUGGCGAGCUUUAAUUUCGAUUAUGGUCCUCGUGGAAAUCAUGGAUACGAUGCAACACAUCCAGACAUGCACGCUUUCUUCCUAGCAAGGGGACCUUCUAUUCAAGCAACAUCAGCAAAACACAUAGAAUCUUUUCGCAAUGUUGAGAUCUUUAAUUUGAUCAUGCAUAUGCUCGGUAUCAAAGAGGCCAAGACUGAUGGCAAGAAGAACUUUUGGGCUAAACACAUCAAGAAUCCCAGGAUGGGAUAAAAUCUUUACACACUGCAAUUGUACUUUAGAG